GAAAGAUGAAACUAUUAUUAACAAUCUUAAAGUAUUCGACGCUGUUAUUUCUGACCAUUUUGUGUUGCAUUGCAAUUUAGACUUGGCUAAGCCUUGUAAUGUAAAGUCGGACAUUUCGUAUCGAAAGCUUGGAGAUAUUGAUACACUUAAGUUUCGUCAAAACAUUCUUAGCUCGGAGUUAUAUGCAAGACCUGCACCUACUCUUGAGGAGCGUUGUGACCAAUAUGAUUCGGUAUUAUCAACAUUGUUGGAGAACCAUGCCCCACUUCGUAAAAAGACCGUAACGAUCCGAUCUAUGGCUCCAUGGUAUAAUGAAGAUAUCAAAAAGCAGAAAAUAGUAAGACGAUGCAAGGAACGGAGAUGGCGUAAAAGUGGCUCACAAGUUGAUAGACAGGCAUAUGCUGAUCAGUGUAUCCUUGUUAAGAACACAAUCAGUGAAGCGAAAAUGGAAUAUUAUUCAUCACUUGUUCAAGAUGCUGGUACUGAUAGUGGACGAGUUUUUCAGAUUAUUAAUCGAUUCCUACACAGGAAACCCGAAAAGCUAUAUCCUGUAUUUGAUUCGUCCACAAGGUUAGCAAACCAGUUUGCAUAUUUCUACUACAAGGACUACAAACUCCAUCGUCAGGGAAUACCCGGGUUUUUUCCACCUGGAUAACCCAAAGCUAACUUGCUGUUUGGAUGAGUUCAUUUAUACCACCACUGACGAGUUAUCUGAUAUUUUGGAAAAGACUAAACUAAAGUCAUGUGUGCUAGAUCCAAUACCAGCAAAGGUACUUUCAGGGACGCCGGAACGAUAAUAGGGCAAAGGGGGGCGGACGCACACCAAGGGCACCUUUACGGAAAUUUUUUUUUUCACUGCAAAAUUUUUUGGCGACUUCCCUCCCCCCCCCCCGUCGCCAAAAAAAAUUCGGCCAGUGUACCAUUUUAGGGGUCAAAAUUUUUUUCCCGACAUACAAAAAUUUUCCGUGAAGCCAAAAAUUUUUCCGGAUAUCUUAAAUUUUCGCCAUUUCUUCAAAUUGUUUUUCUAAAUUCCAAAAAUUUCCAAAAAUUUUUAUAAAUAUAAACUAUAAAUUACCUGAAUCUCGUGAUUUUCCAACAAAAAGCAUCGUUGGAAAUGUGAUUUAUCACGUAUUAUUUUACAACUAAAAGGGCACUUCUGCCCCCCCUGCCCCCCUAGCAAAAGGCAAGGGGGGCAACCGCCCCCCCUGCCCCCCCAGUUCCGGCGUCCCUGGGUACUUUCUUCCCACAUAGAUGUGAUUUUACCGAUUGUCACGGACAUAGUUAAUUCAUCUUUGGAAACUAGCCAUGUUCCAUCGUCCUUUUAAGAAGGCUGCUUUAUACCCUACUCUCAAAAAGUCUGUCACGGACUAUGAAGAAUUUUCCAACUUUCGUCCAAUCUCUAACUUAAAGUUUAUUUCGAAGAUGACUGAAAAAGUGGUUUCCUUACGUCUAUUGCAUUAUCUUCGAAGCAAUGGCCUCGAAGAACUAUAUCAAUCUGCUUACAAGCAAUUCCAUAGUUGUGAAACAGCACUUAUUCGUGUACAGAACGACAUUUUACGUGAGAUAGAUGGAAACUCGGGUGUCAUACUACUACUAUUGGAUCUAUCAGCUGCGUUCGAUACGGUGGAUCAUACGAUCUUGCUCCAAAGAAUGUACUCUAAAUUUGGCAUCAAAGGUGAUGCAUUAAACUGGUUCAGGUCCUACCUAUCUGAUCGUUCCCAGACUGUUUAUGUUAAUGGCGCUACUUCAGACAGCUUUGAUGUGUUUUGUGGUGUUCCCCAAGGAUCAGUCCUAGGUCCUAUCCUAUAUCUGAUAUACACUUCACCGAUAGGAGACAUUUUACGAUCUCAUGGCAUGAAAUUUCAUCUAUAUGCCGAUGACACUCAAAUCUAUGUCUCGUUCAAUUAUAAAGAUCAGAAUGACCUUAAGCAAGUUAAGUCGUGCGUAGAAGCCUGCCUCGUGGAUAUUAUGAACUGGAUGUCAGAGAAUAAAUUAAAACUUAACACUGAUAAGACGGAACUUCUUAUUUUGAGUUCCAAAUUUCGGGCAGAGCCUAUAUUCCCUGUGUUGACUGUGGGCUCCGAUAUAAUUACUCCAACACCCCACGCUCGGAACAUUGGUGUUACAUUUGAUAAAUUUCUUACAAUGUCUAUACAUAUUAAUGAUAUAUGUAAGUCAGCAUUUUACCACCUACGGAACAUUGCUCGUGUUAGAAGAAAGCUGUCGAUGCAUACUACUGAACAGCUUAUUCAUGCUUUUGUGACUAUUAAACUAGACAAUGCGAAUGCAUUGUUGUACGGUCUUCCUAAGGAUCAGAUUGGAAAGUUACAGCGUGUUCUAAACUCUGCAGCACGACUGUUAACCGGAUCCCAAAAGUAUAAUCAUAUUACACCUAUUUUAAUACAGCUACACUGGCUACCAGUCGAGCAACGGAUUAUAUAUAAGAUUAUUUUAUUGACAUUUAAAGCGUUAAAUGGACUUGCUCCGCAAUACAUUGCAGAGAUGAUCAGCCAUUAUGAACCUUCUAGAUGUCUUAGAUCCUCUAAAGCUAAUUUACUUAAUGAACCAAGAUUUAAUGUAAAUAGCUACGGUGGUAGAGCUUUUUACGCAAGUAGUCCUAGGUUAUGGAAUAAAUUACCUGUCUCUAUUAGAGCAUGUACAGAUAUUUCUGAAUUUAAGAGUAAGCUUAAGACCCACAUGUUUAAAAUAGCCUAUGAUUUAUAG